AUGGGUAACGAUCAUUCAAUUUCGGAGACGUCGAUCGCUCACAGAACUCACCAUCAUCACGUUCGACCCAAACUCUCCGACGCCACUCCGCAACGGCCGCUUUCGGCCGCUGACUUUGCCGAAGAAUGGGGAAUUGAGAGGUUGGCCAAAGGUCGACGCUCGCUCGAUGUGAGAGGAGUAAGUCGAUUUUUCGAUUGUUUCUUUAGAUAUCGAUGCCAAAAAACUUUGAUUUUGGAGGGGGAUCAGAGCGUUUUUUAUUUUAAAAUUUCAGUAUUAUCUCUUGAUAUCAAUGCGAAGGUCUUGUUAUGAAGUUUAGAACUUUUCCUUGACUGUUGCUGUACAUCUUGCAGCCUGAGAAUUUCAAAAAUACGUUGAAUUUCUGUUUUUAGUCCAAAAAAUUUUUUAGGUCAUCACACCGCGUGAGCUCGAACCUUGAUGAAAAUUUUUUAUUCUUACAGGGGAAGUACCCCAAGUGCGAUGCUCAGAUUUCGAUGAAACUUGGCACAAAUUUAGAAUAAUUUUUUCUAAGAUAUAUGCGAGAAUCCCAGCUCGCGCUUUGCAGAAACAACCGAGAUUUUUAGAUCCAAAGUUGGCGAAAAUUUGAGACUUUUUACCGAAUUUCGACACGAAAAGUUUCAUGCCUAUUUCAACCGUAAAGGAUGAUGUUUCUAUAAAAAAUCAAAAUUUUCCGUACGAAACUGUCAAAGUUAUGGCCAAAAAUGUGUUUUCUCUCUAAUCGCUCUCCACGUUUAGCGAGCUCUCUCGGCGGCAAAGAUCGUUCAAUAUCUCGGUGGCGCUUGCAAAGCGCGAGCUAAAACUUUCAGGAAUUGAUACUUAGGCCAUGCCCGACGUGUGUGCAAAUUUUAAAGAAAUUCAGAGCGUCGCACUUGGAGUACUUCCCUUGUUAAUUCGAACCAUGUUUAAUCAUCACUUUCUGAUUAUUAUUUCUCCUACCAAAUGCCGCAAAAAUCACCAGUAACCUCGUAAUUUCUCUCAUAACCAAAUUUAAUGUUCGUAACCCUCAAUAGACGAUAAAUUCCCCUCAUUUCUUUCGAUAUAUUAUUACCCCGAACAUUCCAUAAAUCAGGUUGUAGUGGGUAAUCUCCUGCCCUUUAUUUUGUAUUCUUUGUGUGGGUUUGGAUGACGAGAGAAAAUGUGUUCAACCUUUAGUCCAACGUCUUGUCUAUGUCCAGCACAGCGAAUGCUAAGACAAUGGGAACGGGGUGACGAGAAGGUAAACUUGGAAGUUUUUUGGAAGGGAGUAUAUUUAUGUGGAAGGAGAUGGUUGUGGUUACAGUUUUUUUGGAGAUGUGCCAGCCGAUUUGAGGUUCAAUUUUAGUCUCGGUAUGCUAGCUAGUGUCACAAAAAAGCGUUAAAAAAUCGUGUGAUGACCAAAAAAGUGCCCUAAAGUGUCCGCCGAAUACACUGCUUUCCGCGUUGGCGGAGAAAAUGAUUUUCAUAGGCAAAAAACAACCCAUACUCUUCUUUCUCAUGCAAAAAUUUUUUUUGGAUAUCUUGACUGAGCGCUAAGAAAUCGACAAAAACUUUCCGCGCAAUUUCUUGAAACACCCUGUAUAAUACGAGAGUAAAAACUUAUGUGUGUUGCAAAUUUUUGAUACAGAGUUUGGUAAUAUUUCCUCACGCUCUGCCCAGCGGCAACAAAACAAUCCUUGGUUGAUAUAAAAUUCGUCUACUUGGUAUCAUUUUGACCCAUCUUCCGCACGUUCCAAGUCACGAUUUCCCCCAUCCUCGUCCUCAUUUAUUAUUCUUUGCAUCCACUUGUCAUUCCAUCAUCCAACUUUUCAUCUUGCCUACCCGUUUUGACGAAAGUGCAAGUCGAAACCAUCUCUCCAAACUUUGCGUGUCUUUAUGAAAUAUUCAGCGCCGCAGGGCAUUGUUGGGGAGAUAAAAGAGGCGCUGAUUGUUUUCUCGGGAGUCACCAGAUUCCGGCCCGCUUUAAACCGUAUUGUGGGGCCACGCGGGGAAGAGGAAAACUUGGCCGCAAACGGAUAAUAUCGCUUCCUUCUAGCCAUGUCCAAAUGGUUGAUAAAGCACAAACUCGGCGUAAGUUGCAACUUAAACUUUGUUUUUCACUUUUUUCCCGAUCAUGGAGUUGCUCGAGGGCCAAAGGCUCAUUUCCAGAAAUUUUGGCUUGCGCUUUGCAUUGCAGGGCAUUCUUGUUGAUCUUUGGACACUAGAGACUGUAGAACUAGAGGAUAGUUUAUUAGGCUACCAGAGGAAAAAUUUUUUUGGCCAUUUUUAUUUUUCAGAUGGGAAGAAAUUGAUAUUUUUUAGAGUAAUUUUACUUCCUUUUUAUUCAAAAUCAUGCUUUCCCACUAUGAAAACCUCAAAAGAUCUUUGAUUUUUGUCAUUUUUGGAUUUUUAUCAUCCUCUAAAUUUUUGGAGAGUAACGUAAAAAUCAUUCUGAAAAUCCUGUGGAUGCUUGAAAAAAAUUUUAUUACAGUGAUGGUUUUCCUGUUUAUACAUUACCGAAAACAUGAAGCUUUCCUUUGUUUUAUCAAAAUGGGCCCCGCUCUAUUUUUAGGCCUCAUAAAUCUGUAGCGAGUUAAUUCCAAUUUCCGGAAUAAAAGGCGCAAAGCUUAAGGGCGGAUGGUAUAAAUAGGGAUAUUUACUAAACCAGGCUUCGUCCAUAAGUUCUAAAGUCUUGUACGUCUAGAUUAAGUCGUCUUUAUAAUUUAUGGUAAUGUUGUGACUUACACCUUUAUUUUUAUUGUAGAACCUUUAUUUUUCAACAAAAUUUUUAGCAAGAAAGUAAUUUGGUUUCUGGAAUAUUUAUUUUUUAUUUUUGGACACUGAAACCCAAAAAAUGCUGCUUUUAGCCUCCGAAAAAGUUUCGUUUCUUUCUUAUCAAGAUCAAAAUUGUUUUUUUACUCUCGCCCUUUCAUCUCGUUGCAAUUUGCUGCACAUUUUAAUGGAAUUUGCAUAACGAACUUUCUCUGAUUCCUUUAGGUCCUCGUCACUUUUAAGUUGACUCAAUUUCCGCUUGCAAACCAAGUCCAAACUUAAUUUCGAAGGCCGCUUUAAUUGGGAUCUAGGUUUCAAUGGGGCCCAAAUGGGAUUUAGAGAUUUUAAAAAUAGGAUUUAUUACUGCAACAACUUUGUUUAAAAUUGAUUGUACAAUAUAAAAAAAAGAAGGUAUUUGGGAAUUUUUCGUAGUUGUUGGUAUCUCGCGACAUUUUGGAGCUGUACCCGUGGGAAGGGCGGAUUCGGGAGGUCUUUAAAUUAAUUCUGAAGCCACAGGAAAAUAAAUAUUAUCCGUUUUGGCACGCAGUGCCUUUAAGCUUUGGAUCGGCAAUUUUCUCAUCAUUUUACGUAGUCUAUCUAAUCCACAACAAUGGUUGAAUUGAUGGCUAUUCCUUGAAAAAUACGAGCUAAAAUUUUCAUGGAUUAAUACGAGGUUCAGGUGCAGCCUCUCUGCAAAAUCUAAGGGCUGUAGAAGCUGCUGACAUUUCCAAAAAUAACUUUUUUACAAAAAUGUUAGCCUACAGAUUUAUACUCUAAGAUUUGUACGCCCCCGAAACAAUUUUCUUAUUUUUGAACUUAAUCUUCUCUAUUAUCCUCCCCAAAUCUCCGCGGAUUAGAGUUAACGAGCCUUGUUUCCAAACGGUUUCAAGCACAACGUGCCCUAACUGUUUCCUGAGGGGAUUGCAUCCGUUUCUGAUGUCAUUCUCUGCAAGUUCUCUCCGCUUUUUUUUGGAAAACAUCUCCAGACGGCCCGCAUUCUAUGUGAACUCUUCAAUUUUUGGCGAAAGCAAAUUUGAUAUUAACGGUAAAUAGCGGGCCCGAAAAAUACGGGUGUGGUGACCGUCCUUUGCUCCCCAAUUCUCCAUGGGAUUUGUAUUUUAUUGUCCGAAGGGUACUGUAGAGGGAUUAUGGCUGGGAUCAUUAUUAUGAUGAGAGUUUACAAUUUAAUCCGACGCUAAAAAUGGGUGGAUAUUUUUGGGAGUUUGUUCAAUUUAUGAAUUCUAGAAUUACAGGGGAGUUUGUCGUAGCUUUACCCCGAUAGAGAUGAUUUAAAAUUUACGCAGCGUUGACAAAUAGUAAGCAAACAUUUCAGCAAUUAAGAUACAGUGGGGGACCUGAUCCAGCGGCAAAAAAAGUACCAUUUUGCAGUUGGGAAGUAUCAAAAAUGUGGCAAAAUGCUUCCUUGAAAAGACUCCGAUUUAAAAAGCGGGCCCGCUCUUUUUGUGAGGCAAAACGCGCGCCCUUCAAGACGAAUUUUUUUUACUUAUAGAGGGAAGCAUUUUGCCACAUUUUUGAUGCUUCCCGAAUGAAGAAUGAUACGUUUUUUUUCCACUGGAUCAGGUCCGUCACUGUAGUACAAAACCCAUGGAAUAUUCUGACAAACGUAUAUGCAAAAUUUUGAAAUAUUUUAUCGAUGACUUUCCUUACAGAGUUUUCCUACUGCGAUAGAAAGCAGGCCCCAUUUUUCCCUAAAAUUAAAUUUUUGUCUCCUUGAACUUCCACGGUUUUCCCCCACUCCUAAAGUCCAAAAAAAUCCGCACAUUUUUCGUGUUGUUUAUGCAAAAUCUUCCGUUCUUUGCGGCCUACCGUAAAUCCGGCAUUCAAGACUGGACCCGCGUACGGCCCCGCGGCAUUGUUUUGAAAUUUCAUCCAAAAACAACAUUCGUCUUCUUUUUCCUCUGUUCUUUUUGAACCCACAAACCCGCUUAUGGAAGAUGAGAUUGUGGAUGGGCGAAAAUGAUGAUGAUCCACAUCACGUAAGGCUACUUUUGAACGAGAUGGUGCGGAUUAUUCGCAGAAAAGAUGAUUUAGAGAGGUGUUGAAAUUGUAUUUUGUAUGAUGCGGAGCGACGUAGAUGAUUUGAAAAGUUGACUUUAAGAGGAUCAGGGGGAUUCUAGAGUUUAAUUUUUAUUAAUGGGGUCUUGUAAGGAAAACGUAAAGGAUGGCCUCUAUGAAGUCACGGAAAGAAAAAUUGGCUUGUUUCCAAAGCUGCAGGAAAUACUGCGUCUUGUUUUCUUUAUUUUUAUCUAGGGCUAUUAACUUUUAAUCCAGCCAAAUUUACCAUCUUGUAUAAUAGAUAGUAAAAAAGCCUCAAAUUCCUACAAACUUGAAUUUCAAUUAGCAUAAAAAUCUCAAUCAUCCUCAAAUCAAGUCAUCAAAAUUCACCUUCAAGUUACUGUAGACCAACAUUCCGAUCUCCCCCAACAUUCUUGUUUUCCAUUACUCGUCAUUUUGUUCGCCCUGAAACGUAUUUUCGUGAUCAUCAAGUUGUAUUGAAUGCCUUUUGAAGGCUCUUCUCCUACAGUAUUUAUCCACGAAAGCACUUGACGUGGCUGCACUUUCUCUCAUAACAACCCAGGUUUUUGAAUGCGGAAUUGCCCGGCGAGGGUUUAACCCCAAACUAUGAGCAAAUUGAAUCAAAAAAAAUUUUUUUUAUUCGUCGGCGGUUCUUUUAUGACAAAAUAUGGCGAGUUCUUGAGGUUUCCCCGAAAAAGGAAGUGUUUUCGCCGGGAUUUCAUACGUUUUCAUGGUGGUAUGUUCCAAAAGAGGAUAUGGAAAAGACCCUGGGGGCUCACGGAAGGUUGUUUUAGGGACGAGAGUUGCUGGUCUAAGUUGGGAUGGAAAGAGUUUUGUUAUCGCUUUCUAACAUGUCUCCAAAAUUUUUUUCCGCCAUUUUUACUGACGUACCUACCACCUAUACGCAUAUAUCUCUUCUGUUCGCUUGGCCAGCCAACUUUUCUUGCCCAUUCUCCCUUUCAAGUCGGUUAUUUCACCUGAGUUUCCAAACGUUUCCAAGUCUUCUUUGAAUGGGUUUCGAAUGUCCGAGAGGGUGGCUUCUGCACAAACAAUGGAAAUUGUGAAACCGGAGAGCAUUUCAAAAAACUUAAUACAGUGAUAUUGGUUUACCCGACGGUCCUCUCAACAUUUGAGGCCACAUUUGUGGCCAUAAAAGGAUGAAUUUCGCAAAAAUUCUUUGGGUCAAAUUUUUGAAAAAUCGUUAAAGCAAAUUUUGUGUAUUUUUGGCCAUAAAGGGUCAUUUUUGAUUAUAUUUUUUAAGCAGAAAUUUAAAUUUUUUGAUUAAGAUUUAAUUUUUUCCGCCAAAAAUCUAAAAAAAAAAUAAAAAUCUUUUUUUUUUAUUUUUUCUCUGCAAAAAUUGAAAAAUUCGUCGGGCCAAUUUUCCCAUCCAAACACGCCCUAACCUUUGUUAAAUUGCCCAAAAAUAUGGCCACCUUCGAAGGGUAAACCGGUUUUUGAUUUUUUAUUUUUACGGGUUUCCGGCAUAACUUUUUCUUUCAAAUCCCGUCAUUUUUUGAGGCAAAAACAAGGUUUAAUUGUAAGAGGGCCAUAAAUAACUUGUCUUGGAGAUAUAAAAGGGACAUCUGAAGUUAUCUGAGCAUUAAAAACGAGAGAAAUAUUUGUCGGGACCAUGCGGAGGGUAAGUUUUGGGUGUGGAGAAGGGAAAUUUAGAGGAUUUGGUAGUAAAAAAUAGGGAAAUCAAUUUUUUUACUAUAUUGGGGCACAUAGGAUAAUGUGCCCCAAUAUUCUUCAAAUUAUUUUAUGGUAUUUGGGAUAGGUUCAGGUUACAAUUUUCUAUAGCGUUUUUGAGAUUUUUUGCUUACCGUUUCCAAAAAUCAUCGUUGGUUGUUUUUUUGGCCCAAAAUUCUGGCCUGUUAUCGUUGAUCUACGGCUCAAACGAAUACUGUAACUAAAAUUUUAUGAAAAAUUUCUCUGGCUUUAGAUAUUACAGUUUUUGCUGACCAUGUCCACCUAAACCCGGAACGACUUUCCAUUCAAAAGUGCCUCAAAAUUCGAAAACACGUCCUGUUUUCGGCACCAAAAGAAUAAGCAAAAAACUUCUUGCCAAGCCAAAUCACACGUCAAGUGCGGGCGAGCAGACUAAAAACAGAUUAUUCGGAAGGCGUCUGCCCCGCAUACCUUGAUGUCCGUCCCACGACUCCAUUUAUGAUAUCACGGCUAAUUUGUAACGAUGACAUGAAUGAGGGUCCCAGAACCGGGGAGACUAAGUGAGCUCGUCGGGAGGUCUUUGAUUUAUUUGGACCUAUGAAAAGGGCAGGGGAGGUGGGUUGGGGAGAGAGAGAUUGGCUAAUUUGGAAACUGUUUGGGAUGGGAAUCGUGACGGAGAGAUAUGUGAGGCUAUUUUAAAAACACUUUGACUCCUGUUUUGCGGUCAAAGUAAUGGUAUGUUCAUUAAUUGAUAUACCACAAAUGUCCCACAAGAUUUCUGCUUUCCAAUCUCCCUAGAUGACUUUUCAAUAUUUGAAAAUGUCGGCCUCGUUUUUGUCGUGCCGCCUGAGAUAUUUACAAAACAUUUUAGACCAAAAAUUAUGGAAACUGAGCCGUGAAAAACCGGGGUUCAGCUUUACAUAUGCGAACUUUGAGAUAUUUGAAUAAAGCAAAAUUUUGUAGGCACUAUUUGGACUCAUUUUUAGUAAUCGGUGUCCUAUUGUCAUCUGAAAAAAUCGAAAACUUUAUAAAUCCCGUUUUUCGAACAUACUGUAAGCCUAGAUUGCAAAUAAUAUUUUACCAAGAUAUUCUCAGAACCUAUGCGUUUAAUCAUCAUAUUCCUGCUACAUUGACCCUUCAAUUACCCAGUUCUGCAGUCGCUAAAUAUUAUUUACAUUUAGCCCACCGGCAAUUUACUAUUCCCAUCCUCCGCCAAUUAUGAGCCCCUUUCCGGGCACGUCAUUUUCUAUUGUAAUUACAGGUGUAAAACGACAGGGUCUCGGGGUGUUUAACGGCGCUGACAACACAAAACUUGCACUUUGUUAUAUAACAAUUAAUGUCAAAAUAAUGUCAUUCAAACAAUUUGUAAAAGAGAAAUUGUAAAAGUAGUGUUUACAAGAGGGCUCUUCAAGUUUUUCAUCGACAAAUCAAAUUUCCGCCUUGAGGGCAUCUGCACGUCACUUCGGAACUGGUCGGCCUCAGGCAUUCUUGGAGUUCUUGCAAAUACUUUGGUUUAAAAUUUCGUAUUUUCGCGUUUCAAAACACUCUCUGCAAGUCUCUUUAUUUUUCACUCACUUUAUUUUUUUUCUUCCGAUAUCUUGUUACUUUUCAGCUAUUUUAUUUACAAUUUCUCAUCUUCCUUUUUUUCUCUGCUCCCUCUCAAAAUUUCGCCGUCUUGUUGGUCCUGUUCAAACAGUUUUUUGUCCGAAACCUUGUAAAUGUGAGAUAGCAACGGGUUAAAGUGCCUUUCCCUUCCUUUUUCGUCGCUCCUCCCCUCCGGCAAACGGUAAUUGAGAAGAAACCGAAAAGCGAUACUCUUAAAGUCACAUCUGUCCUGUAUUCUGAAGACAUCUUCCUCGGCCCAGAUAUGAAUGACUUCCGAUAUCAACCGGGAUACGGUUAUUAUGACUAUCGACAUGUGGUAGGUGAUGGGGGUGGGGAAUAGAGAAUGGAAUUGGGUAUCGGAUAUUCAAGGAGGGCGCCUCAAGGAAACGUUUGGGAUAGAGAUCUCGAGGGCAAAAGAACAGUCGAAUAAGACGGGUAAAAAAGUGAAGCUAAUUCUGUAAAGGCAUAGAAUGAUUUACAUGUUUAAACAUCAUGCUAAACGUAUAGCCACGGCAGUUUUAUAUCAAAAGUUCAGCAGCUAUUAUUAAUAUUUUUUGUGUACGAUCCGAAAUUAAUUUCUCAACAGACGUCGCAGUGUAAUAUGUAAUAUCUAUCCAUUUGUUUUAAAAUUAACCUGCUUGCCAUGGAGCUCGUUUUGCAAAAUUAGUGUAAAGCCUGUAGGUAUUUACUAUUGUCACGACACAGUUAAUUUUCUCGACUUUCUGCGAUUUUCAAUACGACAGAGCGCUCUCUAUUUUUCCAGACUGGUAAUAGAUGAUAAUAGUCAAAAUCCUCACGGGUGCUUUUCAAAUUGCUCUCGUAUGAAUAAAUAGCAGGUUACGGGUUGUCGUUGCGGGACCAAUUUUGGGUCCAGGUGCGGCUGGCUUCAUUUUUUUUGCAUAUGCGAUCCUUCUAACUUUUUAAAACAUUUAUAUCUGAAGUUUUUGCUAUAACCUCGCAUAAUUUUGAAAAAAUGUACUUGAAAACCAUGUUUCCUUACAAAGGCUGCAAUAGCAACUCCGGCAUGACCUUUUAAAAACUCAACCUUUUCCACUUCCUGUCACUACAUCAGACAGAUCUUCCCUUUUUUGUAAUCCAAUAUUUGAUAUCAAACUUUACUUCUUCGAAAUCUUAAAUGAGAUUUUUUGGAUUAAAAUUUGGUUUUGUCGCGAAGUUCUGCCCCUAAAUUCUAAACCGGAUAUCUCGGAUAAAGCCUUAUUUCGCUCUAAGAACGAUCCGUAUUGAUGUCAUUCCACUAACUUUGGUAACUAACUAUCAGUCGGGUCUAUUUGAAUAUUAAUCUUUUCAUAUUGUAGAAGAUUGUAGCUAUGGCUCAUUUGAGAAUUCGACGGCGAGUUACGGUAAUUUUGAAUGUUAAAAGUGCAGUAAUCGAAAAAAUAAUUAAAAGUAAUCAUUAUGUCCUAUGGUAAACUACAUUUCUCCCUUCCUAGGAGCCAAUUUACACCCAGACUUUUCCGAUUAUUGCCAUUUUUUGUUCUGUUUGUUGAGUAACUUUAUAUAAAUGCAAAAAAUCUAUAAAUAACCCUAGGAGAUCUCCGAUUAAAUGACCUUGCGGUGUUUUGACUGGCUUUUGUAGUUGACGAAAGGGUGGGGGUACGUUCCUUUGUUGUUCCCGUAUUCCCAAAACAUUGUAAUCAUCUCUAAAUCAGGUAGCGAUGCUUUGUAUUUUCUCUUUUCAGGCUCUAAUUAGCGGGCAGUCUGCUAACUUCCGAGACCUCUAUAAUCUUCCUGUGUGAAGGUUGGUUAAGCUUUCUUUGGCCGUAACGUAGACAGAGUGGAAGAGAACGGAAUGAUGCCGGGUUUGUUGUCUGAGAGUCAACAGCUUAAUUAAUGCCGAAUAAUGUUUAGUAGCAGGUCUCGGUAUGAUUUUAUGUAGGCCUUGUAGAGCAUAUAUCUUGUCAAGUUUAUGACACACUUUGACUUCCAGACUUUGAUGGCUUAUUUUUUGAUCUUGGUUCGUCAUCUAAAACACGUUUUUGAACCUUUUACCGAAAUUUGAUGCACCUCUAUGCUAACCGAAGGCGCCAAAAUUUCCGAAUUUCUCCUGGUUUUUAGCUCCUCCGCUCUCUGAAGGGACCAUGUUUAUUUAACCUUUUUUAUCACCCAUUUCUGACGUUUAUCUUCAAUUUUUCGUCUCUAGGUUCUGCUGUUUGUAACUGCUUACCAACAGGUCAUUGUUCAUGAUAUCAUCCCCAUUUCUUGCAGCCUUUCCUUCGUUUCGGUUGCUUGGAUAUUCGUAACCGCACUUGAGGGUGUGUUUACAAACACAGCUCAAACGUGGUGUAACCUGAGGCUGGGAAAGUACUGUAGGGAAAUACUCGGUGAUUUGGCGUGGGGCUAGCUUGCAUAGUUUACUUUAAGCAACGGAAUUGCUCUUGGUACGGCGCUUUGAUUUUCUUGAAAUUUAUGAUUUUUGAUACUUGUAGGUUUCAAUUGCUGAAAAUCUUAGCUUGAGCAUUGCAGAAACUGCAUAAGUCUCAACUUUCUGUAAAGAGAAGAGACUAAGGAAAAUGGGGAGAGAUGGUCAGAGAAAAAACCUUUUUUUCUAUGUGUUUGUAAACUCUUUAUGCAACGUCAAAGUUUCAGAAUUUUGCAGGCUCUUGAUCUGCAUAGCAUGAGCUAAAAAUAGCUUUGAAAAUGUUUCCUCAGUGCUUUCCAAGUUUUGUCAACAUAUCCUUCUUUCUUUGUCAUCAUUUUUCCAUUCUUGCUCACACUCUUCCAACUUUACUUCCCUUUGCUCCAACGCAGCAUUUUAAGUGCCCUACCCAAAGUACUUGAGUGAUUAUUCGCCUUUUUGGAGGGACUUUUGGCAAACUCCAAAGAAUUUAUCCGACUGACUCAAGAUACGAACCACACCUUGAAAACGGCCCACUUUCCCCAUUGUUUCUGCGCCGCAUUUUGCGAAUUCUUCAGAAGAAGAAGUAAACCGAGUAGCUGUCAGAAAAAGGUGGGCUGUUUUGGCGGCUUGCAUUCCCCUACAGACGUUUCAAAUUUUUCGUUGAAUUCGUAAGAAUUUUGAUGUUUAGUGUUGGCUGACCACACGGUUGUAAGGGUGUUGGGGCUUCCUGGAGUGAUGGUUUUUGAAAGUAUGGAAUAUGUUGGAAGCAGUUUUUUUGAUCGGCUGUUGCAAUUGCCGUUGACUUGUAAAGUGGCUGUCGUUUUUUGAGAUUAUUUUCAUCUCUACCGACAUUCCUUAGCAGAUAUUACUAGUUUGUCAGGGACAUAUAGUGAGCUCAAUGUCGCUGUACCAAUUGCGUCGCUGAAAUAAAGGAAAAUUUGAUUUUGCCGCUGCAUUAUUUAUUCACUAUUUUCCCGACAGACCGAUAGCAUUUUUAAAGUAAUUGAGAGACUCCUUGCUCUUGCUUUGAAGGCACAAUAAAUUGUUAAAAGUCAUCACCAAAAUUUUUCACCUGGCCGUCUCUCCUAAUUCCCCACAAUCUCUCGUCUUUCACGGCACUUGAAAACCAGAGAACAAGCUAUUUGUAGAUGCGUAUUUAUGGCCUUGAACGGCAAGAUGUCUGGAAAACAAACACAUUUUGUAUGAAGGCGCUGGCGUGUCUUUUCCAAACUUUCACAUUUUCGCCUACCGUAUUUCGCUACAAUUCCGUUUGCAGCCUUUGUACCUGAUAUUGUGAAUAAUUCAUUGCUUCACACGAAACAAUGUCACGCAGAGAUAAAACAAACGUUCCGAAUUUCCAAAUUAUUUACAUAAACGUGAUGUGAAUGUAAAGUAAGAUAAAUACUGCCGUUUUUGAAGGUAUAUAGUACUAAUGUCGUCUUGCAAAAACGAAGCCGCAGAGUUGUUAUUUUGCAAAUGGGAACUCGAUUAAAUUCAAAAGAACAAAACAUUUUUUUUGGAAAAAAUUUAAAUAUUUGAAUUUUAUACAAAGUUAUGCAUAAUAAAGCUGAUUCUACAGCCUUCCCUCAGGCUAUGUAUACCCUUUUUUUGGCCUCCAAACCGCAGCCUCAUCCAUCUUCUCUUACAACUUACAUUUUGACGACCCUUUCCCUCUGUUUUUCCGGCCGCCUUAUGUGCUUUCAUUAAUGCGGAAUGAGAGACUUUCCCUCUCCCCAAAAAAAAAACAAAAGUUAAUUCAGUCGAUUAAUAUGUUAUAUGUACAUGUCUUCCAUUUCAGUCCUACUCAUCCGAACCGCGACGAAAACCCUCCCAAUGCACGUUGUCGCCGUCGCUGUUUGAGUCGGAGAACGAGGAUUCGGAAGGCGCGAGUGGACUCGGCGCCCGCUCCAAGAGCACCACAGACGCGAACCGACGGGUGAGUGGGAAUUUUGGUAAUCUUUUAGUGGGAUUGUUUAUGGUAGAAUGUGAUCUCGAGCAUUUUUAUUUUAUUUAGGGUCCAUUUUUGGAAUUAAAAAUCCUUUUCAUUAUUUCGGAUGACAUUCCGAGUGAAAUUCAAAGGCCAAUCAGUCUAAAAAAUGGUCCAAGUACAACCCGCAGGCUUGAAAUUUGGGCUGCAAUUUGUUGACGCAUACUCGACAUUUUAGCUUAAUUUUUGCCGAGAUUCUAUCGAAGUUUUAAAGUUAAAAAUCAAUAUUUUGAGGAAUUAAAAACUUGCCCCAAAAGACGGCCUUAACUUUCAAUUGUAAUCACACUUUUCACAAUCCCUCCGGACUCCUCCAAUUUUGAUCUUCAACCUCAAAUUAGGCCUCAUCAUCCUCCAAACUGUUGUUUACAAUUCAAUUUUCUAAACAUGUCACUUACACUCCCACAUGUGCUCACUUUUCCAAACUCUUCCGAAACCACAGUUUAGCGCUCUGUGAGGUCGUUGUGUGGCCUGUUCGUGUGAUAUUUGUAUUCGUUUUUUGUUUGCCAUUUGAAUAUUGGAUAGAAAGAGAAGCCACAAGUUGUCAAGUAUUACUUUCCCGGCUAAUCUGGUUGUUUUCUUCUUUCUUAGGGCUGAAAGAUAAUGGCUGAAACCCCUGAGGGCUUUAUCUUUUUGAAGGUUAAUCUUGCCUUUGAAAAGUCCAUUUUGAAGUCUUUUCCUGUUUUGUUCAAAUCUUUUCAAGUCGGAGAAUGCUCGCAAAUUGAUUGAAAAGUGUUUUCCGAGUCUCUGACUACCGUGUUUUAGCCGAGCCGUAAUUCCUUGGGAGUCCAGAGCCCGCCAUCCCCACAGAUCUCCCCCGCCCGAUCGCCCACCAACCUCUCCGUGCCUCGCCGUCAACAGCGGCGCAUGAGUGUGGACGAGAGUCAGCAGCGCCGACUUCAGCAUCUGGCUGCAAGGACCGGAGUUCUCAACGCACCCAACGGCCACAAACUCUCGCUGUCCGGCUUCGCUAUGAUGAACGGCGCCACUGGAGAUGAGGUAGGGCUUCCGGAUCCGGAAAAAUAAGAUUUUUAAAUAAAAAGUUAUUUUUUUCUUCCGAAAAAUUACGAUCUUGCAAUUUCAGCGACAAGACGCGCGAACACGGAUAAGCAGGGCAACUCGAGACUUCGCAGAGACCGGUGAUUUCGGACUCACUCUACAGGAACAUCUCAAAUUGACCAGUUAUCAGACUCUAAUGCUCACACAAACAUGGCCCAAAAUGAAGUCCAGCGUUUUUACGGCUGUUUUUAGGUGGGUUACUGUAAGACUUAUUAUUGAAAACCGUUGACAGCACUCUCAAAGUAGAUUUUUCAAUAUAUAUUAAUGUGUUCAUGAACAUCGCCUCACGUGUUUUUACAAUUUCAGAGAGCUUUCGCAGAGGUGUCCGAAAGUCAAAGAGCUCUUCCAAAAAACAAGUAUAGUCGGUGGGUUCUCGGCGAAUAAGUGCUACGACAUCAAGGAACAUGUAAAGCAGCUCAUUGAGCUCUAUGACCUCAGCAUCCAAGACUUGAAUGCACCGUGUAAGAUUUCGCAGGUAAGAAAAUUAAAAUCUUGGUUUGACGUGUAGUAUAAUUCAAAUUUUGUGUUGUAAUUUAGAAAUAGACAAUCUUUUUGAGUUAAAACACAAUACAAAACCAUUUUCGGAGUGUAAACUAUAAAUUAUAUUGCUUUAGGAACGGCUAGUAAACAUUGGGGAGCAGCAUUUUUCGAUUUGCGGUCCCGGCGCCAGCAGUAUUUGGGACGAUUUGGGCGUGGCGCUAACCGAAGCCAUUUCCAAGGCCGACGCGACGCGAGGAAAACGUGAAGCCUUCAAAGCCUACAUAGCGCUGACCUCGUUUUUGGUGGACUCGAUGAAAGCCGGCUACAGUCAGCAGGCCAAAAGGAAGAGUCUAACUCGAGCUUCGAACGGACAUCUCAAUAAAAAUAUGUGA